UCUUGCUGCAUAUUCUCAUUUCUUGUUCUAGAAAGCUUAUAACAUGCUCCUUGGUGCUGUCUCUAGUUUUGUCUGUUUUAAAUGGUUUUCCUAACCUGAAUUUCUAGUGAAUUUGUUCAGAUUUUCUGAAGAAUUUUUAUGUCAAUUGUUUUCUACUAAAGUAUAUUUCUUUCUGAUUUACAAGAUGUUUUUAUUAUGUAUUAUUUUAACCCUUUGUCAUAUGUAUUAUAAAACAUUUUCUCCUGAUUUGUCUUUUGGCAGUAGCCUUUGAUUUGGUCUCCCUUUCAGCAGGUUUAAUCUAUUCUGCCUCAAAUACCAGGAAGACCAAUGUAGAUGUAAUAUAUAUAUAUAUGCCAAAUCCUUAAAUAUCUCCCUGUAACACAGUACCAAGUUUUAAACCUUUGGUAAACUUUAUAUGAUUAGAAACCACCUAGGAGGUAUGCAGACUUAGAUUUAGAAUUCAGUAUGACCUGGGUCUUCAUUUGUAAACUCUAUAGUCAGUAUUAGUGCAAAUAGUCUGUCCUUUAAAAACACCUUUAGUUUGGUUGCACAGGGCUUCUAGUGACAUUUGAUGCAUCUACUUCCUGUCUGCAGAGUAGAUACAUGCAUUUGAAGCCUCUGGCUGGCGGUGCUGUCUGUAUAAGUGUAACAUGGCACUAUGCUGCUCUGGAAUUUCUUCUGCUUUCCACUUUGUCCAAAUCCUGGCUUUCCUUUAAGAUGCUUAUCUGCUUCCAUCUUUGUCAUGACUUCUUCCUUAGUAAUCUUAAGCAAAUUGAAUUCUUUGCCUUCCCGGAGUUCAUUUGCACCUUUUCAACAUUUUUCGCAUUUGUCUCUUUUGAUUUUCUUUUUUUUUUCUUUUUUUUUUCUUUUCUUGUGUGUGUGUGUGUGUGUGUGUGUGUGUGUGUGUGUGUGUAAUCUUAAAUUGUCUUACAUGAUUUUAUUUUGUCUUCCACAGGACGGAAAUAAAAAAAGCCAAUUCACUUAACAGUUACUGGGCAUUUAGUGGAUAUUUUUAAAAAGUCAAAUCUGUUUAUUCUGUCUACCAUGUCCACAGCUUGUAUAAUUCUGUAGUCUUUAAUCUCUAAACUUUAGUCUUUGGUUGUCAUGAUUGGAAAGGUCCUUCUCAUGCUAGCUCUGCUCACAAUAGUAUCACCACCCCACUUUUUUAUUGUUGGUAGAUUGUUUUGGAUUGUCAGCAGGGCCAGUUUCAUGUCAUAUUCCAGUUAAAGAUUAUUAUUAGUCUAGUUUAUUUUUAUGAUAGACUUUGGAUUUGGUGGGUGUGGGAUACCUUAUAAAAUUAAAUAGGAUGCCUGUAGAAUUAUGACUAGCUUCUUGUUUUUCAUCUAGAUCUCUGCUUCAGACCAACUGUCUCAGGCCUAGAGUUUAAUCCUAAUAGCCUCACUUGUUUCUCCAGAAGUUAAGGAGAACUUGAGAAUGAUGCUAGGCAAUAAGAAGGCCCAGCCUAAAAUAGAUGCCAGUCUUGUUGGGUUGUAGUCCUAGGGAUGUUUCUAUUUCUGCUUAAACAAGAACCUGGGAAAGAAAAUGACAGCAUAUUCUGGGGAGUGUAAAGGGGUUGGCGGGGGCAGCUGCAGCAACAUCUGUCACUCCAUUGCUUGUCAGGAUUAUUUAGCUGAUUUGUCUGACUGGGCAGGUGUCCCCUCUCUCCCCCAGUGCUCCAUGUGCAUCCCUCUUGAAGCUUCGCACUCUGUUGAAGAGGACACUCAUCCCAGUCACUAUUUAGAAGCAAGAUGCUUGAAUGAGAGAGAUUAUCGGGACCGGAGAUACAUUGAUGAAUACAGAAAUGACUACUGCGAAGGAUAUGUUCCAAGACAUUACCAUAGAGACGUUGAAAGCACUUACCGGAUCCAUUGCAGUAAAUCCUCAGUCAGGAGCAGGAGAAGCAGCCCUAAGAGAAAGCGUAAUAGACCCUGUGCAAGUCAUCAGUCGCAUUCGAAGAGCCACCGAAGGAAAAGAUCCAGGAGUAUAGAGGAUGAUGAGGAGGGUCACCUGAUCUGUCAAAGUGGAGACGUUCUAAGAGCAAGAUAUGAAAUCGUGGACACUUUAGGUGAAGGAGCCUUUGGCAAAGUUGUAGAGUGCAUUGAUCACGGCAUGGAUGGCUUACAUGUAGCAGUGAAAAUUGUAAAAAAUGUAGGCCGUUACCGGGAGGCAGCUCGUUCUGAAAUCCAAGUAUUGGAGCACUUGAACAGCACUGACCCCAACAGUGUCUUCCGAUGCGUCCAGAUGCUAGAGUGGUUUGAUCAUCAUGGUCAUGUUUGUAUUGUGUUUGAGCUGCUGGGACUUAGUACCUAUGAUUUUAUUAAAGAAAAUAGUUUUCUGCCAUUUCAAAUUGAUCACAUCAGGCAAAUGGCUUAUCAGAUCUGCCAGUCUAUAAAUUUUUUACAUCAUAAUAAAUUAACACACACGGACCUAAAACCUGAAAAUAUUUUAUUUGUGAAGUCUGACUAUGUAGUCAAAUACAAUUCUAAAAUGAAACGAGAUGAGCGCACAUUGAAAAACACAGAUAUCAAAGUUGUUGAUUUUGGAAGUGCAACAUAUGACGACGAACAUCAUAGUACUUUGGUGUCCACAAGGCACUACAGGGCUCCAGAGGUCAUUUUGGCUCUAGGUUGGUCUCAGCCUUGUGAUGUUUGGAGCAUAGGCUGCAUUCUUAUUGAGUACUACCUUGGGUUCACAGUCUUUCAGACCCACGAUAGUAAAGAGCACCUGGCAAUGAUGGAGCGGAUCUUAGGACCCAUCCCAGCACAUAUGAUCCAGAAGACAAGGAAACGCAAGUAUUUCCACCAUAACCAGCUAGAUUGGGACGAGCAUAGUUCAGCUGGGAGAUAUGUUAGGAGACGCUGCAAGCCGUUAAAGGAAUUUAUGCUGUGUCAUGACGAAGAGCAUGAGAAGCUGUUUGACCUGGUUCGAAGAAUGUUGGAGUAUGACCCAGCGAGAAGGAUCACCUUGGAUGAAGCAUUGCAGCACCCUUUCUUUGACUUAUUAAAAAGGAAAUGAGUGGGAGUCAGGGGUCUUCUGUGUACUUCUCUAGGAGCAGUUACUUCCAGACUGUGUCAGUCAACUAAACCUUCUAAUAUUUUUGUAAACAUUAAAUUAUUUUGUACAGUUAAGUGUAAAUACUGUAUGUUUUGUAUCAAUAGCAUAACUACCUUGUUAAGUAUGGUGUUGAUAAUGAAUGCAAUACAAGAGUUACAAUGAAUUUUCCUUUUGAUGUUAAUUGCCACUUUAAAGGCUUUUAGAAUGCCCUUUGUGUCCAGUGAUAAACGUGAUUGGUCCCAUCUUUUGUACAUGAAGGUUGACUCUGAAGUGAUUUUUUUUUUUCCUCAAGUAAAAGGAAAUCUUGA